CUUACCGCAGUAGCAAAGCCUGCACCGCCUUAGCGCGGCCGUAAGGCUAGGCUCUAUCACAGUAGCGUCUACACCCUCCAGACGCAAAUUCUCUCACCGGUGGUCAAAGCGCAGACUUGGCACAGCGUCUAAACCAUGGCCUCAAUCCCUAGUACCGAAUCACGUGUACCACGCCAGUCAACGUCUACUCCAGUAAACACGACAAGAAUCACUCAUUCCCAAUCAGCUGCCCCGCAUAAAAACACAAGAGAAAGGCGCCACGAAGCUAGCCGCAGACACAACCAGGACAUGGAAGACGAAAUUCACGUGACCUCCAUACAAGAUAACAGCUCCAACAGCUACACUACACAGCCCACACUAGCAACCCCCCAAGCGAAGACAAACGCAAACAAUGAAACACUAGCCCUACUAGUAGCCCAGCAACAAGAGUUCAAAACCUAGCUAAGCAAGUUGGAAAACUCGAAAGCAAGCUUCAGUCUCAGGCCGCAACA